AUGUCUACUCGAUCUGCAUCAGGAUCACGAAUCCGUAAUGCCUCACCAUCAGGUUCUAGCGCAUUAAAUGUAUCUCGUGCUGAAGAAAAAGAACAAUUAGAAACACUUAAUAAUCGUUUGGCUGUCUAUAUUGAUACAGUACGUCGUUUAGAACAUGAUAAUAAAGAAUUAAAGAAUAUAAUUGCAUCGUAUACAGAUACAUAUGAACUUCAAACAUCGAAAGUAAAACAAUUAUAUGAACGUGAACUUGAGGAUGCAAAAAAAUUAAUUGAAGAACUUGCAAGAGAAAAAUCACGUUUGGAAAUUGAAGCUGAAAGAGCAAAUGCUGAAGCACAAGAUGCAUUGACGAAACUUGCUCGUAAAGAACGUGAAUUACGUUCGGCUGAAGCUCGAAUUAAACAAUAUGAAACAGAAAUUGGAGAUUUAAAAGGACGGAAUGAAGCACUUGUUUUUGAUAAUAAUCGAAAAACAGAUGAUAAUGUCACUUUACGUGGUCAAAAUGGCGAUCUUGAAAAACAAGUGAAUACAUUAAAACGUCAACUUGAAUCUGAAACUCUUUUACGUAUUGAUCUCGAAAAUAAAAAUAAAACAUUACGUGAAGAACUUCAAUUUAAUCAACAAAUUCAUGAAACGGCUGUCGAUGAAAUUCGUCGACAAAAACGUGUCGAACUUAAAUCAUAUGAUGAUGGUUUACGUCAACAAUAUGAUGAUAAUUUAUUACAUGAAUUACAACAAUUACGUAUGCAAACUGAUCAAGAACUGCAAUCCAUACGUGAUGAAAUAGCUGGACAAUAUGAACAAAAAAUUGAAGAUUUAAAAAAUACGAUUCGUCGUAAUGCUGAUCAAUUUGGUUCAUAUAGAUCUGAUGUUGCAUCCUAUCGUGAACGUAUUGAAGAUAUGACUAAAGCUCGUGAUGCAUUAAAUGAUAAAGUUUUAUUUCUUGAACAACGUUGUCGUGAUUUGGAAGAUCGUCUUCAUCGUGCACAACAACGACAAGAUGAAUUAUUAGCUGAACGUGAAGAUGAAUUACAACGUUUAAAACAACAAAUUGAACAAAUGCAAAUUGAUUAUCAAAAUUUACUUGAUAUUAAAAUAGGUCUUGAUAGAGAAAUUGCAACAUAUAGAAAAUUACUUGAAUCGGAAGAAGAACGACUUAAUAUAUCGGGUAGUUCAAGUCGUAUUGGUGGUGACAGGUCAUAUUCUGAUGGUGCUGGUGUAACAACAACAUCAAGUAGAACAUUUGACAGUAGUACAUAUCCAUCACGUAAACGUCUACGUUAUGAACCGGAUGAACGAUUAUCAAUACAUAGUCAUUUACUUGAUGGUAUUAAUAUAAUUGAUGAUGAUAGUUCACAUCCAAAAUUUGUUAAAUUAAUUAAUAAUUCAAAUCAAGAAAUCAAUUUAAAUGGAUGGAUACUUAAACGUAAAGUUGGUUCACAAUCGUAUGAAUUUAAAUUUCCUAGAGGAAUGACUUUGAAAGCUGGUGCUACAACAACAAUUUGGAGUUCGGAUGUUAAUGAUAUAUCAGUUGAUCCACCAACAAAUUUAAAAUUACGUACAACUAAAUGGUUUACAGCUGGUAAUGAAACUAAAAAAACAAUUUUAGAAGAUGCAGAUGGACGUAUUGUUGCCGAAAAAACAAUUACUAUCAAAUAA